AUAAAAUGCCUUCUCCCUCGCAUCAACAAAGACCAAUCCAAGUAGUUAUCUUAAAACAACACAUAAAUCAUUCUAGUAAUGGAGUUUUUUUCACGUAAAAAAACACCCCUCUUCUUGAUUGUCAUGUUAGCAACAUUGACCACAUUGGCACUAGGCCAAACCCGAGUAGGUUUCUACCAGACCUCAUGCCCAAGAGUUGAAACCAUCGUGCAGUCUGCUGUCGCAGCUGCUAAUCGGGCCAACCCAGGAGUCCCACCCGGUUUGGUUAGAAUGUUUUUUCACGAUUGCUUUGUUAAUGGCUGUGAUGCCUCUGUCCUUAUUACUGGUUCUGGUAGUGAGAGAACCGCUCCGCCCAAUUCCCUAUUAAGAGGCUUUGAGAUCAUCGAUGCUGCCAAGACUCAGCUUGAAACCGCUUGUCCUGGGGUGGUCUCUUGUGCUGAUAUCCUAGCUAUCGCUGCUCGUGAUUCUGUGCUCCUGGCAGGGGGAAUUGCGCGUUGGCAAGUGCCAUUAGGUCGUAGAGAUGGAUUGGUGUCACGUGCAGCUGAUACUGCAAAUCUUCCAGCUUUCAAUGACCCCGUUGAUGUCCAAAUCAGGAAGUUUUCUGACAAAGGUCUUAGCACCCAAGAUCUUGUUACCCUUUCAGGUGCACACACGCUAGGGACAGCGGCCUGUGCAUUAUUCAGCUACAGGCUAUACAACUUCAACAACACCAAUGGACCAGACCCGUCUAUUGACACAGCAUUCCUUCCCACACUCCGAAACCUGUGCCCUAAUGGAGGAGAUGGUUCAACGCGUGUGGCUCUUGAUAAUGGCAGCGAAAACAGAUUUGACACUUCCUACUUUGGAAACUUGAGGAGUGGGCGAGGUGUACUUGAAUCUGAUCAAGUGCUAUGGGGCAACCCUACAACACGAACAUUUGCGCAAAGGUUUCUUGGAGUUAGAGGACUUGUUGGAUUGACAUUCAAUGUUGAGUUCGCUAGGUCAAUGGUGAGAAUGGGCAAUAUUGAGGUGAAAACUGGGACUCAGGGAGAAAUUCGUAGGGUUUGCAGCGCAUUUAAUUGAUCAAUGAUGGUUGUAGUUUGAUGCUAUGUAUAUAAUGGCUGAUAGGUAUAAUACCAUCAAUAUCUUGUUUUUUCGAUUGUUUACGUAUGCAUUAAUGCAUCUUAUUAUUGUAAUACAGU